GUGUGUGUGUGUGUGUGUGUAGUGUGAUGGAGGGGGACCAUAUAACCACCCUGUCUACUCCUGUAAUGGUUGUGGAUGUUGAUAUAGUGAAGAGGAAUGCUGAGAAAAUGAGAGAACACUGGACAAAGCUGGGAGUCACACUACGACCCCACAUGAAGACACACAAGACCCUUGAGUGUGGUGAUAUAAUGACAGGUGGGUCUAGGAGCUGUAUCGUCGUGUCAACACUGGCAGAAGCCGGUUUCUAUGCCGACCACGGAUAUGACGACAUCCUGUAUGCCUACUCUGUGCCCUUUGACAAGGUUGAGCGCUGUGCGGUGCUGGCAGAGCGUCUGUCUCUGUUCCAGGUGUUGUUGGACCACAGAGAUGCUCUGGAGCAGCUGAGGAAGAGACCACUGACAGACGGGCGGGUGUGGCACGUCUGGCUCAAACUGGACUGUGACAACGGAAGAGCGGGUGUUCUGCACUCGGAGCCAGAGGCACUGAGAUUGGCCCAGGCCAUCUCUGAGUCAGAGGGGGUGGAGCUGACGGGGGUAUACGCCCACUGUGGGAACACCUAUGGCUGCAGAGGGGCAGAGCAAAUACAUGCUGUUGCCCAUGAAACAACCACCCUCGUACUGCAGUUCAUGGAGAAACUGAAGGAUGUGGGAAUCAGCUGUAAAUCCAGUAUAGGCUCCACCCCCUCCUGCAGCCAGCCAAUCAGUGACAUGGCCAAGCUCAACGAGGUGCAUCCUGGGAACUACGUCUUCUUCGACGUGCAGCAGUCUGUGAUUGGUUCGUGCGGUCUGGAGGACGUGGCUGUCAGGGUUCUGAGCAGGGUUAUAGGUCACUCUCCUCACAGAAACCAGCUGCUCCUCGACUGUGGCUGGUCUGCUCUCAGGUACAGAAGCUGUAUUAAAUACUGUCGUUAUUACUAUUAUACUACUGUC